UGGUAAAGUUUGAAUACUAGACCAGAGAAUUAGCUAUGCUUAAUCCAUCAUAAAUUAAAAUGGUUUACAAGAAAACAUCCUUAAUUGUCUAAUCACUUAUGUGCAAAAAAUAGGGUUGAUUAAUCUCAUCAAUAUAAAAUUUACAUCAAUCCACGUCUUGAUAUCGUGCAAUCAAUUACGAAGCAACGUGAGUACUAGUUAAUUAGUGAUCACCACAUCCAAAACUAUGUAUACCAUCAAAUCUUAUAUAAACACAUUCUCGACACCAUUAUCGAUCUCCCAUCUUUCUACAACACAUUCUCAUAGGAUUGUAGUCAUUUUGGGACGAAAUGGCAACCCACCAUUCCACUUUCAUGUCCCUUAUUAUGUUAUCCUUGCUAGUUAUUGCAUCUGCUAGAGAGUUUGGUGCUUAUACUCCAUCACCGGAAUAUCCUGCCUCCCCAAGCUAUACCCCCGCAGAUGAAUACACUCCAACCCCAUCUUACAACCCAUCUCCAAUAGAUGAAUCGACAGAAUAUACACCCUCUCCGGAUUAUAGCUCGUCACCGAUUUAUAAGUCGGGGGAAUACGCUUCAUCCCCUGAGUACAAGUCACCAGAAUAUGCAACAACCCCAGAGUAUAAGACACCAGAAUAUACACAUACACCAUCAUCAGAAUACACGUCACCGGAAUACGCCCCAUCCCCAGAGUAUAAGUCACCAGAAUACGGAUCAUCCCAAGAGUACAAGUCACCAGAAUACACCCCAUCCCCAGAGUAUAAGUACAAGUCACUAGAGUACACCCCAUCUUCGGUGUACAAGUCGCCAGAAUAUACCCCAUCUCCCUCUUAUAGUGCAUCUCCAAUCUAUAAUUCACCAGGAAUAGGAUACACUUCAUCUCCAUCUUACAGCUCGUCCCCGGUAUACAAGUCUCCGGAAGCUUACAACCCAUCUCUAUCGUACAAAUCUCCAAAAUACCCCCCAUCCCCAUCUUACAGUCCCUCCCCAAUGUACAAGUCGCCUGGAUACACCCCAUCCCCAUCUUACAGCUCAUCCCCAGUGUACAAGUCACCCGAAUAUACCCCAUACGUAUCAUACGGUUCAUCACCAGUUUACAAGUCUCCUACAUAUACUCCAUCUUACAAUCUCUCCCCCACGUACAAGCCGACAAAAUACACACAAUCCCCAUCUUACAACCCUUCCCCAGUGUAUAAGUCCCCUAAAUAUACCCCAUCUAUAUCUUACAAGUCCCCGUCUUAUAGUCAAUCUCCAAACUACGACACUCCAAUUUACAAUCCAUCAGUAAACACUCCCACAUAUAAGUCUCCUGAGUAUACUCCAUGUCCCGUAAACUUAAACCCAGACUACUCUCCAUCUUCAGUUUAUGAACCUCCAAACCCACCUGCAUAUGUUUAUUCACCAAUUUAUACUCCAUCUUCGACCUAUAACUCUCCUCUGUACAACCCAUCCCCAUCAUAUGUAUACAAGUCUCCCGUUUAUGGACAAUCUCCUGUUUACAAUAAUCCCAUCUACAGCCCAUCCUACAAGUCUCCAGAAUACACCUCAUCUCCAUCUUACACCGAAUCUUCGACAUACAAGUCUCCAGAAUAUACCCCAUCCCCAUCUUACAACCCAUCUCCGGUUUACAAGUCUACGGAAUACACCCCAUCUCCUGUGUAUGAUCAGUCACCGGAGUACACUCCAUCCCCAGCUUACUAAUCUCCAUCUUCCACUACAUCAUAUUGCACUUUCCAUCAUUAACUUACAAGUAUAGUAUCUGCUGUCCAUCAAUUGCUUACAAAUCCUCAUAUCCUAAUUCCUACACAUGGUUACCAAUUUUAUUGGACCACAAUUACUAAUUAAGUAACAUUACAAAUUCAUAUUUUGUAAAUCUUGUUCAUGUGUCGAAGAUUGAGUUCUCUGUUAACGUGUUAUAUUUAUUUAUCGCACUCUUUCUUACAAUAACAAAACUAUUUAUCAUAUUUGCCUUAUUUUUGAUAAAUGUCCGCAUGCUACUUAAGUUAUUGCUACAAUGAAUUAAACAUGCUGACCUAACUGAUUAAGAAAUCCAAUACAGCUAGUAUAUGAAGUACGACUUCAUUAGUUCGUAGUGUGUAGUCUUUGACGUUAGUACGUACACGUAAAAUCUAUUGGAAUCGUACGGUUGCGUACCUUUAUGCAAUAAUACACUUUUAAAAAUCCAUUUAGGGAGUAUAUUAUAAUUACAUGUCUUCUUGUAUCUGAACGUUCAGAAUUAAAAUAGUUAGAUGAUGUGUGGAAAAAACUCAUAAUAAAUUAAUAAAGGAAAAAUAAUAAUGGCAUUAUUUUCAGUCAAUCUCACAAAUGACGACCUUUUAAUUUGAUCUCUUUUCGAACAAAUAUUAUUGUAUUAAUGUUAAAAGAUUUUAUAUGGCAUUAAACUUGUACGAACAAAACAAUAUGUUUUUCUUUCACAUUUUCAUUUCUCUAUUUUCUGCAAAUUGUUUUUUUUUUUGGACAUAAACUUAAUUUUAUGUGUAACAAUGCUACGUAAUUCCCAAAAUCAAAUAUUAAAUAGACCUUAAAAGAUCAAAUUGGUUGUUUAACAAAUAUUAGACGAGAUAAAAAAAUUUAAGGAAAACUAAGAAAAGUCGUUGAAAAUUUAACUAGUAUAUUUAAAUAAUUCAUUGAAACAUAUGGCAUCAAAAAAUAUCAUUACCAAUCGAGAAGAAUGCGAUGAAAAUAAAGCUAAGCAAGCAAUUAGAGAAAGGUGCAUGACUUUCAAAUAAAAUUGGUGUUAGGAAAUUAUGCAACUUUCCUUAUGAAUCAGAUUAGUAGGAAUAACAAUAA